AUUUCAGCAAAAGUGACAGGUGUCAGUUUCUGGCUUACCAACAACCUCUUAGACGUUUCAAAUAAAAAUCAGUAGUGCUAAAACCCGUAAUAUGUUAAGAAAAUCCGGCCUCAUCCUGCAAAAAUCCAUCGGUUAUAUCCAGCCGCACUAUAGGAAACUGUUUACUAAAACCAAAACAAUGUCGGCCUUUAACUACCCCAGUUUCCGUCGUGAUGAAACUAUAAAGGACACCUACUUUGGCACCGAGAUCCCUGAUCCAUAUCGCUGGCUUGAGGAUCCGGACUCGGAAGAAACGCAAAACUUCGUCAAAGCUCAAAAUGAACUGACCAGACCUUAUUUAGAUAGUUGUCCCCAAAAGAAAGCCAUCCAAGAACGCAUUACCAAAUUAUGGAACUUCCCUAAAAAAUAUUGUCCUACUAGACAUGGAAACAAGUACUAUCAGCACAGAAAUACUGGAUUGCAGAACCAAAAUGUUUUAUUUGUUCUGGACGAAUUAACUCAAGAAGGAAAAGUUUUCUUGGAUCCAAACACUUUAUCCGAUGAUGGUACAAUCGCUUUGUCUGGUACAAAGUUUUCAGAAGAUGGCAGCACGUUUGCCUAUGGCCUGAGUAGCAGCGGAUCAGACUGGAUCGAGAUUAGAUUUAAAAACGCCUUGACUGGUGAGGAUUAUCCAGAAGUCUUGAAAAAGGUAAAGUUCAGUUCCAUGUCCUGGAUGCACGAUAAUAAAGGGUUCUUCUACUGUGCCUACCUAGACCAAACUGGUAAGGCUGAUGGCUCAGAAACUACUUCUAGUGAAAAUCAGAAGGUGUAUUAUCAUGUACUCGGUACAGAUCAAAGUGCGGAUGUUGAAGCUGUUGAGUUCGAAGAUAAAGAGCUGAGAAUUGGCUGUAGAGUUAGUCACUGUGGCUCUUAUUUAGUGGUGACGGCUACCAAAGGUUGCAAGAACAAUUUGCUAUACUUUGCCAGAGUGGAUCCCGCUCAAAAGGUGACAGGGAAACUACCAUUGACCCCUGUGGUCACCAAUUUGGAUGCUGAUUACGAAUACAUUACAAAUAUUGGCAGUAAAUUCUUUUUCCGAACCAACAAGAAUGCUCUUAACUAUAGAAUUGUCGGCAUAGACUUUAAUAAUCCUGAGGAGUCACAAUGGACCGAUUUAAUUCAAGAAAAUCCUGAAAAUGUUUUGGAUUAUGCGCAUGUUAUUAACGAAACGAUGUUGUUGGUGACUUUUAUUAAAGAUGUUAAACAUUCCAUGCAUUUGUUCGAUUUGAAUAGCGGCAAAAAGGUUCAUGAUUUUAAGUUAGAUGUGGGAACAGUCAUGAGUGUCUCAGGAAAGAAGAACCAUAAGGAGAUGUUUUACAGUUUUGCAUCGUUUUUAACACCUAAUUCAAUUUAUAGGGUAACAUUCGAUGGUGAUAAAAUCAACGAAGAAAAAUUCCACGAGACCCAAGUAGGCGACCUGGACACCAGCAUCUACGAAACCAAACAGGUUUUCUAUAAGAGCAAAGACGGUACCACCAUCCCCAUGUUCCUCGUAAGCAAAAAGGGUGUUAAACAAGACGGCACCAAUCCUUGUCUCCUUUACGGCUACGGAGGCUUCAACAUUAGCCUGAUGCCCUCCUUCUCCGUAUCCAGACUGAUUUUCGUUAAUAAUUUCAAUGGGAUUUAUGCGUUGGCUAAUAUAAGAGGUGGUGGGGAAUAUGGCGAUAAGUGGCAUAACGGCGGAAGGUUCGAGAACAAGCAGAAUUGUUUCGAUGAUUUUCAACAUGCCGCCAAGUAUUUGGUGGAAGAGAAGUACACGAGUGCCAAUAAGUUGACGAUACAAGGUGGUUCUAAUGGUGGAUUGUUGGUUGCAGCCUGUAUUAAUCAGGCUCCAGAGUUAUUUGGGGCUGCUAUUGCUCAAGUUGGAGUUUUGGAUAUGUUAAGGUACCACAAGUUCACUAUCGGCUACGCCUGGAAAUCCGACUACGGCUGCUCAGAUCUAGAAAACGAAUUCAAAUAUAUCUUGAAAUAUUCCCCGCUGCACAAUAUAAAAGUUCCCGAAAAUGGUGCGCAAUACCCCGCGACCCUCCUCUUAACAGCCGACCAUGACGACCGGGUGGUUCCGUUGCACUCGUUAAAAUUCAUCGCGGAAUUGCAACAUAAAAUCGGCCAUUUGAGCCAACAAACGAACCCGUUACUGAUCAGGGUGGAGACUAAAGCGGGCCACGGGGCCGGAAAACCCACCUCGAAAAUCAUCGAAGAACUGACCGAUAUUUUCUGUUUCAUUUCGAAUAGUUUAAAGGUGAAGUUUGUUGAAUAAUUUACUUAUUUUUCACAGUAUUAUAUCAUUUAUGAGAUUACCGGCUACCAAAGAAUAAAAUUUCCAUCAACUGUCUCUAGUAAUGUAUAAAUUAAAAUUGAGGGAUAGUUUUUGAUUACUCAAAAGUUAUGCCGGCCAGAAAGUGUGAAGAAAUAAAAUCUGAUAAUGCGUACUUAAUAA